ACUGAUAAAAACAGGAGUGGGGCGGAGGGGAAGGAGCACAGCAACAGAGGAUAUCCAGAUAUCCCACUGAGAUAUCCAAAGGAUGCUGAGAGGCAUUAGCGAACAGCCCGAGGAAACUCCUCAGCCAGCCCCUCGGCGAAUCUUCCAGGAGAGGCAGAGGAUUACCGGUCUGCCUUUGUACUUCCAAAGUUACCUGUCUGUCCGGCACUCAAGAUGCCAGGAAUUUAGAGUAUAUUGGACAGAACUCAGAGGAACUAUGCUCUUCUUUUAUGAUGAUAAGAAAGCCCUAACAUACUCACAGAAAUCAGAUAUAUCAGCUUUGAUCUCAGCAACCAAUGUUUAUCCAGAUGAAAAUGGCUCUGCACAGUUCAUCCUGAUGCUGUCAAAUGGCGAACUAGAACUGAAGGCUAAUGACUGUGAAUGUGGGAAAGAAUGGAGGGGGUUUAUUCUCACUGUUACAAAGCUGUCAGUUCCACCAGAUGAAUCAUUACUACCUGGGCAACUUACAAGAAUGCAUGAAGUGCUAGAGAAGGAAAAGAAAAGAAGGAUUACGCUUAACAACUGUUCCAGCACAUCCUUGAACAGAAAAAGCCCUCCCAGCAGUACACUGACCGCUAUGCCAGCGUGCUUCUAUGCAGUAUCUCGGCAAGAAGCGAUACAGAUGUUAGAAAAGAACCCAUCGUGUGGGAAUUUGAUCCUGCGUCCCGGCAGUGACAGCAAGAACUACGCAAUCACUAUCCGACACAAGUUGGAUCCCCCAUGCUUAAAGCACUACAAAGUGAUGUCCAAAGGAACAAGUUACAUUAUCGAAUUGGAAAGAUGGGUGAUACUCCCAAGCCUUCAGGAUGUUGUCAAUUACUUUGUGACCGAAACCCGAGGGAGCCUGAAGCCGUUUGUCAUACAGACACACACUGCAAAGGACCCAGGGUUCUGAAAGCAAGCUGGUUGCUGAAGGUGCGCACAGGAACAAUCCUGUUAAAAGGAGGCAGGAGAAGCAGCAUGGGAACUCUGCACUAUUGAAGAUAAACAGAAGGCAUUCCCCAAAGUACUCUUUCUCAGUUUCUAGAGCACAUCUGUUACCUCUAAACCAAGAAUGUGAUGCAGCUUCUCCCAGAAAAACUUCUGAGAUUUGGGGAGGGCAAAUAACCCAAUUCCUGUAGAGGAUUAAAUGUGGAAAAAGAAGAAAAGAGUGGGAAAGAGAAGACACAUUGCCCCUGCAAAAUGCAAUGGAAAAAUAUUGUAUUGAAAUUAGGCAGACAAGUGUU